AUGGAGUUCCGAGACGCGCCGGCGCGGAAGAAGUCCAUGUCUCAUCGCGUGGAGGAGGAUUUCUUCGCGCAGGCGGAUAUGGACAGCCCGGGGAUGCUCACACCUGAGACUCCCAACUUCGCGUCGAGCCCGGACGGACGGCGCCAGGCUCCGAAGAUGAGCUCCAUGUUCUCCUCGGACGAGGACCCGUCUCCAACGAUGAAGGACUUGAGGCCGCUGCUGCCGCUGCAGUCCAGGAACGGAGAGGCCAGCGGGGCCCAAAGGCCUGCCAACAGUUUCCUCUCUGACAGUGAGCGUGAGGACUCGCCCCUACGCUCGCCGCCAAAGGCGAAGGACGCGGAUCGUUUCGAGCUGCUGGUGAGCCAGGCGAAGCCGCGGUCCGAAGUCAAGGACCCGCGGCCUUUCGAGCCAUUGCCGAUUUCAAGCCAGGACUCUCCCUUGCUCUUGGAGCCGCUUGCGGUGAACUCCCCCCAGAAGGCCGAGGAUUCCCCGCGGCGUGCUCCACCUCGACAGGCGCUGGCGCCGGCCCGGCAGGAGCCGGAGCUGGAGAUGUUCAAGGACUUGGAGCCGCUGGGCGCCGCCCAGGCCGCCGAGGCGGCCGUUGCCGCCGAGGCGGAGGACUUGGCCCUGUUGCCCGCCCCGGCCGAGAGCGAGUCUGAAUCGGAGCAGGAGCCGGAGGAGCUUCCCAAGCACGAGGAGCAUGCCGAUCUGCCUCCGGCAAGCUGGGCCGCUGAAAAGGAGGAGGAACUGCCAAUGCGGCGGUUUCAUUCCGAGCCGCUGAAGAGGGUCACGUUUCCGGAGCACGACGAAGAGAGUUUGGAGACGUGCGAGGUGAAGCCACUAGAACCCCCACGGCAGGCGCGGCUGGACGACUCGAUCAGCUCGGCGAGCACUCGCACGCCGCAAGGAGAGGAUUCCAAGACCCUCAGUUCUCCCGGCGCGAGGUCGCCAUGGACAGAGGAGAAGGCCUCCCAAGAGCUGCAGUCUGUGCAGCUGAAGCAACAGCUCGAGGAGUUGGAGGAGCAGCAGAAGCAGAUUCAGCACGGCCUAAAGGAGGCUUUGGACUACCACCGGCGCCUGUGGGCCGAUGAGUUGGCGCGGUGCCGCGAGGCCUCCGUCGAGCUGGAGCAGGCGCUAGAGGAGGAGAGGAGGCAGCACGCCGAGCACAUCCGCGAGUGGCAGCAGAAGCUGCAGGAUCAGCUGACGGCCACGGAGGCCCAGUGGCGCGAGGAGGCGCCGAGACGCGCGGGGAGUUGGACGCUCGCUUCGGGAGGGGUCAAGAGGGUGCCCGCCUGGGUCAAGGAGAAGGCCCGCGCCGGCGCCCGCGCCAAGGCGGACGCCCGCGGCGGCUCGCCCAAGGCGAAAGCAAAGGCCAAGGCCAAGGCUGCAGCGGCGAAAGCCGCGGCCAGGACUGGCAGGGCGGCGGCCAAGUCUGCGGCCAGGGCCGAGUCUCCCAGGGGGGCAAAGCGGAAGGCCAGCGAUGCCUCCAUAGGGAAGCCGGCCCGCGGCUCCUCGCCCAAGGCGCGCGGCAAAGGAGGCAAGGAGGUGGAUAAGCACGUGCCGGGCGCCGGAGGCUUCAAGGUCUACGAGGACUACUCGGUCAAGCUGAACCAGACGAACAUCGCAGGCAACAACAACAAGUACUACGUGAUCCAAGUCCUUGUGGGCGGUGGCCAGUACCACGCCUGGAACCGCUGGGGCCGUGUGGGCGAGUCGGGCGCCACCAAGCUCAAGACGUUUGGGACUCCGGAGGCGGCCAUCAAGGACUUCAAGAGCAAGUUCCGGGAGAAGUCCGCCAACGCCUGGGAAUACAUCGACGACUUCAAGCCCAAGAAGGGCAAGUACAUCAUCGUGGAGACCGAGGAGGGCGGCGGCGGCGGCGACGCUCCCAUGGGCAAGCUUACAGAGAAGCAGAUCGUCAAGGGCCAGGGUGUCUUGGACAAGAUCGAGGCGGCCUUGAAGAAAAAAGGCAAGUCUGCCCUGGACGACCUUUCCUCUGAGUACUUCUCGCUGAUUCCCCACGACUUCGGCCGGAAACGACCUACUUCCAUCAACACCGUGGACUUGCUGCAGCAGCAGCAGGAGUUGCUGAAGUUCUACUUGCGCAUGGGCUUUGAGGAGGUGGAGAGUAAACACAUGUCCCCUGUGGAGGGUGUCUUGGAGCUCCCAGUGCCCGCCUCGCUGGACGAUGCGGCCGGGAGUGUGGCCAAGUCCCAUCAGAUCAAGGAGAGUGCAACCUUUGGCGCGAAGCUUGCCAAGAAGCAGGCUGGCAAGCCAAAGCGGAAGAUGACGGACAAGGAGUACGGGGCGAUUCUGCUCUACACCUCCAACGCGAUCUACAAGGAUUUGAACCAGACCUUGCGGGACAACAACCGCGGCAAGCUGAAGAAGUACUUCAAGUACCUCCGGCUCUUCUUCGAGUCCAUGGACGCGCUGCCCAAGCAGAAGCGAAAGCUCUGGCGCGGUCUGCAGGUGGACCUCCACAAGAGCCCCCAGUACAAGGUGGGAAGCACCGUGGUGUGGUGGGGCAUCUCCAGUUGCACCUCUGACCAAGGUGUGGCCAAGGGCUUCGCACAGGGCUGCGGCGGUGAGUGCACGCUGAUCACGGUGGAGUCCAAGACGGCGGCGGAUAUCUCCCAGGUGACCUUCUACUCCAACGAGAAGGAGAGCCUUCUGAGCCCCGGCACCGAGUUCAAGGUGAAGAGCAACAAGAUGAAUGGCAAGGUCUGUGAGAUCACGCUGGAGGAAAUGGGGCGGCAGCUGAACUGA